UGUGUUGUAAUAGGGAGGAGUUUGGGGUCUCACAGCUUAAAAACCCCAGUUCAGAUCGUCUACAGCAGGACCUUCACCACAGCACAGUUUGACAAAAUGAGACUUUCAGUCGUCCUUUUUAUCGCCACCUCCACAGCACUGGCUGGGAGUCUCACCACUAAGUCCUUGGUGUUCCCGGCUCAGACGAGUACCAGUUAUGUUGAGAUGGUCCCUCUGAAGCCGCUGAACCUGAGGGCAUUCACUCUUUGCAUGCGCGUGGCCACAGAGCUCCGUGGGGAGCGAGAGGUCAUCCUGUUUGCAUAUCGCACGCAAUACUUCGAUGAGCUGAACGUGUGGCGUGAGCUGGACGGCAGACUUUCCUUCUACCUGAGUGGAGAGGCAGUUUCCUUCAGUGUCCCUGAGCUUGAAGCCCUGGAGACCCACCUGUGUGUCACCUGGGAUUCCAGUUCAGGUGCGGCUGCCAUCUUCAUAAAUGGGAGGAAAAGCUUGACCAAAAUUUACAAGAAGGGUCACACUGUCCGCCCCGAAGGCAAAGUUAUCAUUGGACAAGAUCCGGACAAUUAUGUGGGUGAGUUCGAUGCCAACCAGAGUUUUGUCGGGGAGAUCUAUGACAUCAAUAUGUGGGACUCUGUCCUGUCGAGCAGCACCAUCCAAGACAUGUUCUCCGGGAAGAGAGUACCAAGAGGAAACGUUUUUGACUGGGAAGCCAUAGAGCUCAAACCUGACGGGGAGGUAGAGAUUAUUGAUCGUGAGCUGUAGAUUUGAACCUCACACGCCACAUGCUGGAAUAACGUGGAAUAACACUACAACUGUAGGACAUUUCUGAAAGAUAAGAUUUGAUCUAAGUCUAUGCAUCAGUGCCAGUGUCCCACUGUAAUUCUUUUCAGUCCAAUAAAAACUUACACUGACUA